CCUAUACGCAGUGGUGCAUUCCAAAUGACAGCUCAACCUGGCUAGCCUCCGUGCCCGAGCAGACUGCAACAACCACGGAAAGCAAGACUUUUAAACAAGAACUCUGCGUUUUAUUUGUGCCGUUAUAGUCUAAUUUUAAACAAUUAAUUACCAACAUGUCUGUUCCUAAGAAGGGAGACUUGUCUUUAAGCGAGAAGGAGUUGUUUGAGGUUAUUACUGCAGGAAAUGUCCAAGAGGCCUCGAGGCUGCUGGGCUGUAAGGAUGUUCGUGUUAACUGCUUGGAUGAGUAUGGGAUGACUCCUCUCAUGCACGCUGCUUACAAAGGAAAAGCAGACAUGUGCAAGUUGCUGCUGCAACACGGAGCGGACGUGAACUGCAAUGAACAUGAGCAUGGCUACACAGCGCUGAUGUUUGCUGGCCUGUCAGGCAAGACUGACAUCACGUGGAUGAUGUUGGACGCCGGGGCAGAAACAGACGUGGUUAACUCUGUUGGAAGGACUGCUUCACAGAUGGCCGCCUUUGUCGGGCAGCACGACUGUGUCACGGUGAUCAACAACUUCUUCUCCCGUGCCAGACUGGAUUACUACACCAAGCCCCAGGGUUUGGAGAAGAACCCCAAGCUGCCACCCAAACUUGCCGGACCCCUCCACAAGGUCAUCAUGAGCACCAACCUGAACCCCGUCAAGAUGGUGAUGCUGGUGAAGGAGAACCCCCUGUUGGCGGAGGUGGAGGCUCUGGAGAAAUGCCGCCGGGUGAUGGAGCUCAUCUGUGAGAAGUGCAUCAAGCAGCAGGACAUGAACGAGGUGCUGGCCAUGAAGAUGCACUACAUCAGCUGCGUGCUGGGAAAGUGUGCGUCCUUCCUCAAGGACCGCGAGGACAAGCUGGACGGCCUCAUCAAGAGUUUGCUGAAGGGUCGGGACAGCGAUGGCUUCCCCGUGUACCAGGAGAAGUUUCUCAGAGAGUGCAUUCGCAAGUUCCCUUACUGUGAUGCUACUCUGCUGCAGCAGCUGGUGCGGAGUAUCGCCCCUGUGGAGAUUGGCAAAGACCCCACAGCUCUGUCAGUGCUGACUCAGGCCAUCACAGGCCAGGUGGGCUUCAUGGACGCCGAGUUUUGUACCUCCUGUGGAGAGAAGGGAGCCGAGAAGAGAUGCUCCAUCUGUAAAAUGGUGAUCUACUGUGACCAGGCCUGCCAAAAGAUGCACUGGUUCACCCACAAGAAAGUGUGCAAGAAGCUCCAAGAGCAGAGAGAGAAGCAGGAGGUGGAAUCAGCCAAGCUGAGGAUGCAGCAGGGCCAAGAGGAGAGCGACGCCGUGCAGGAGGCCACAGACUCCAUGCAGGAGCUCUCGGUGGAAACCAACAGUCAGGUCGCCCCCUCAGAAACCUCAAUCCCCUCUUCCAUCCUGGCCGCUGACAACUGAGGAACCCCUGACGGUCAGCGAACAGAAUAAAUCCAUAAACAGACAUCCAGAAACAGAGCAAACUGGCACUGAGACCGAAAGCCCAUCAAGGACUGGUCCAGCAGGACAUAGGAACCCGUAUUUAUUAUCGAGCCGAGACUGUCACAAAGGCAGGAAAACACUUAAGGCAUACGAGGAAUGUUUGUGUCGUCUUUUUUUGUAAUUUUUAUAUGUUAAUUUUUUGGAUUAUACUAUCAUAUGUAAGUGUGAAAAUUGCGUACUCUGAUGUGUUAGUGGUAGAGGCCACUUGGAGGGGGAGGGGGGGGGACAUGUGAAUC